AUGAAGUUCUCUAUCAUCGCCCUCCUUCCCGCCGUUAUGGCCGUGGCUGUUCCCGCCGAUCUUGCUCGCCGAGAUUCCCCGGAGACGUGGUGCGCCUGCGUCGUUCCAGGGACCGUCGACCCGCACAGCUUCACUGCGACUCAAUGCUACCAUGGCAGUGGUAUUAUGGGCGGAAGCCGCGGGAAGGAGUUGUGGUGCACUCGUACCUAUGUUCCCAUUCGCGAGCUUUUCACCGAUAAGGAAUGCGGCUCGUACUACCCGGGUCUACUCGCCGUUUGCAAGGAGUGCUCCGGGAGCCCGGACAGUUCCGAGUGCCCAGCCAAAUGAGGGCGAUAAAAAGAGCCAGACGCUUCCAUAUCGCCUAGUGGUCUUCCAUUGUUGGAAUCACAUGACUAGCGCGUGCGCU